AUGACUUCUAUAAAGGAGCAGGCAGCAAUUAGCAGACUCUUGAGUUUUUUACAAGAGUGGGACAAUGCCGGCAAAGUCGCAAGAGGUGUUAUCCUCAACAAUUUCAUUGAAGCCAACCACGGCAAGACUGCCCCUGAAUUGGAGCAGGAGUUUUCCCAGGGAGCCAGCUUGUUCCUGGUACGUCUGACUACCUGGCUUAGAAUCACCUAUAUGACUGGCUUGGGUUUACGAAAGAUACUGAGGUCCAUUGGCAUCUUUCUGUCAGCUGUGAGCAGCAAUCGGUACCUGAUAGAAUUUCUUGAGGUUGGAGGUGUCCUGACACUCUUGGAAAUACUUGGGCUGGAGAAGAUCAAGGAAGAGGACAAGAAGGAAUCCAUCAAGCUUCUUCAGGUUAUCGCAAACUCUGGCAGGAAGUACAAGGAGCUCAUUUGUGAAAGCUAUGGUGUUCGAUCCAUAGCAGAAUUUCUGGCAAAGUCUAAGUCAGAAGAAACCCAAGAGGAAGUACAGGUUCUGUUGGAUUCUUUGGUCCAUGGUAAUCCCAAGUACCAGAAUCAAGUGUAUAAAGGUCUAAUAGCUUUGCUGCCCUGUGUGUCCCCAAAAGCUCAACAGCUGUCCCUGCAGACUCUCAGAACUGCCCAGUCAAUCGUCGGAACAACACAUUCCAGCAUUGUCGACUGUGUGCUGAAGGUGCUGGGCACUAUGCACUUGGAAGUCCAAUAUGAAGCCAUCGAGUUGAUAAAGGACCUGGUCAACUAUGAUGUGCGCUUGCCCCUGCUCAAGGGCCUCGUGGCAAUGCUGAUACCAUCCGUCAAGGAGACGUCCAAACUGCAGCCCAAGAUCCUCACUGACUCCGCGGUUCUCCAGCUCACUGCCCACCUGCCAGUAUUCUUGCAGCAGGCCGCGGCUGCCAAGACCAUUUUGGUCCUGGCGCGCAGCAGCUUGCGCGUCGCUGAGGAGCUGCUGCAUUUGCGCGUGAUCCACAGCCUGAUGGCAGCCAUGGGCAACACGGACCACAGCAACAGCCAGCGGCUGGCCAGCGUCACGCUGGAGUACUUCGUGCAAAUGUUCCCAGUGGUGGAGGAGCACGUGCGCAAGUCCAUGGGGGAGGAACUCUACCAGCUCUUCCUUAGCAACGCUGAGAACUUGUACAUGAAAAUAGACAGCAUUCAGGCGGACAUCUUGGCGGCCAACAAAGUCAAUGUUACCAAAGUGUUAUAUCACUGUAGCACCUCCGACAGCAACUUCAGUUUCUCCUUGGACCCUGGUGAUUUAAAUCAGAUGGACUACAUCACACAGUCGGAGGAGGAUAUGAAAUCAAAGGAGUAA